CCUCAUAUUUUCUCCUUCUACAAACUCCACCGAGAAACCUUUUCCCCGCCCCCAAACACCACCCACCGCUUCACACUCCAAACUCACUCCUCAAACCCUUGUCUUCCUAUUGCAACCUUUUCGUUUCAGGGGAAAUCUCGAAACAAAAUUAGAUUUAUAGAUUCAAAAAAAUAUAAUCUUUUUUUCUUUCUCGGAUAUGGCCACGAAGAAACCCCAAUUGUCUCCGGACGAAAUUGAGGAUAUAAUUCUGGGGAAAAUUUUCUUGGUUUCGUUGAAUGAUUCCAUGGAAAGCGAUUCAAGAAUUGUAUACUUGGAGAUGACUGCAGCUGAAAUUCUGAGUGAGGGCAGGCCGUUGAAGCUUUCACGGGAUUUGAUGGAAAGGGUGUUGAUCGAUCGGCUUUCCGGGAACUUCCCUGGUGCCGAGCCUCCGUUUCCGUACCUAAUCGGGUGUUAUCGGCGAGCAUAUGAUGAGGGAAAGAAGAUUGCAUCGAAGAAAGACAAGAAUUUGAGGUCUGAACUGGAAUUGGUAGUGAAGCAAGCAAAGAAAUUGGCGGUUUCCUAUUGCCGGAUUCAUUUAGGCAAUCCGGAUAUGUUUUCCAAUUGGGAUUCCGGUGCAAAUGAUUCGGCAGUGUCGCCACUGUUGCCGUUGAUUUUCUCCGAAGUUUCUAGCAGUGUUGAUGGAUUUGGAGGGAGUAGCAUUGGGUGCCCACCUGGGUUCUUGGAGGAGUUUUUCCGGGACUCAGAUUUCGAUAGUUUGGACCCGAUUUUCAAAGGGUUGUACGAGAACUUGAGAAGUAUAGUGCUGAAAGUGUCUGCACUGGGGAAUUUUCAGCAGCCUUUAAGGGCUUUCUUGUAUUUGGUCAGGUUUCCGUUUGGUGCCAAAUCACUGGUGAGUCACCGAUGGUGGAUUCCCCAAGGCGCGUAUAUGAAUGGGCGGGUUAUUGAGAUGACCAGCAUUUUGGGUCCCUUCUUUCAUGUCAGUGCUUUGCCGGAUCGGGGUAUUUUCCAGGGUCAGCCUGAUGUUGGUCAGCAAUGCUUCUCUGAGGCAUCUACUCGUCGUCCAGCUGAUUUAUUGUCUUCAUUCACCACUAUCAAGACAGUCAUGAAUAGCUUAUAUGAUGGCUUAGCCGAAGUCCUUCUCUCUCUCCUUAAAAAUGCUGAUACACGUGAGAGUGUUCUGAAGUAUCUUGCAGAGGUGAUCAAUAAAAACUCAUCAAGGGCUCAUAUACAGGUUGAUCCCCUAUCUUGUGCAAGUUCAGGCAUGUUUGUCAGUCUUAGUGCAGUCAUGCUUCGACUCUGUGAGCCAUUCUUAGAUUUAACAAAAAUGGACAAAAUUGAUCCCAAAUAUGUAUUUUACAGUACCCGAUUGGAUCUGAGAGGAUUGACUGCUCUACAUGCAUCAUCUGAGGAAGUUGCUGAAUGGAUUAAUAAAGAUAGUCCUGGGGGAACGGAGGGCUCUAGGCAAUAUAGUGAUGGCGAAAGCCGCUUGCUACAAUCUCAAGAAGCCACCAGUUCUGGCAGUAAUGCUCAUGGACCUUCUUUCCUCCAUAAUGCCAAGCCAGUGCCAAUUUCUAGUGAAAAAGCUAAAUACUCAUUUAUCUGUGAAUGCUUCUUUAUGACUGCAAGAGUACUGAACUUGGGCCUGCUAAAAGCAUUUUCUGACUUUAAGCAUCUAGUUCAGGAUAUUUCAAGAUGUGAAGAUUCCCUUGCCACGUUGAAGGCCGUGCAGGGACAGGCACCUUCUCCAGAACUAGAGGCGGAUAUAGCUCGCUUUGAGAAAGAAAUUGAGUUGUAUUCACAGGAAAAGCUAUGUUAUGAAGCUCAGAUACUCAGGGAUGGGACUCUUCUUCAGCACGCACUGUCUUUCUACAGGUUAAUGGUGGUUUGGUUGGUUCGCCUCAUAGGUGGUUUUAAGAUGCCUCUACCAUCAACUUGCCCUAUGGAAUUUGCUUGUAUGCCUGAGCAUUUUGUGGAAGAUGCCAUGGAAUUGCUUAUUUUUGCUUCUCGAAUUCCUAAAGCUUUGGAUGGGGUCUUGCUGGAUGAUUUUAUGAACUUCAUUAUCAUGUUCAUGGCAAGUCCAAAUUUUAUAAGAAACCCAUAUCUGAGGGCAAAAAUGGUUGAAGUCCUGAACUGCUGGAUGCCCCGUAGGAGUGGUUCAUCUGCUACAGCUACUCUCUUUGAAGGGCACCGAUUGUCUCUUGAGUAUCUUGUGAGAAAUCUGCUGAAGCUUUAUGUUGAUAUUGAGUUCACGGGUUCUCACACACAGUUCUAUGACAAGUUUAACAUUCGUCAUAAUAUUGCCGAACUUCUAGAAUACCUGUGGCAGGUCCCAAGUCACCGUAAUGCUUGGAGACAGAUUGCUAAAGAAGAAGAAAAGGGUGUCUAUCUGAAUUUCUUGAACUUCCUGAUCAAUGAUAGCAUCUAUCUCCUUGAUGAGAGUCUUAACAAAAUUCUUGAACUCAAAGAGUUGGAAGCUGAGAUGUCUAACACUGUGGAAUGGGAGCGCAGACCAGCUACAGAGAGGCAGGAGAGAACGCGACUAUUCCACUCCCAAGAGAAUAUUAUCCGGAUUGAUAUGAAGUUGGCAAAUGAAGAUGUGAGUAUGCUGGCAUUUACCUCGGAGCAGAUUACAGUUCCUUUCCUACUUCCAGAGAUGGUUGAAAGGGUGGCCAAUAUGCUUAAUUACUUUUUGUUACAACUUGUGGGGCCCCAAAGGAAAUCUCUUAGCCUAAAAGACCCCGAAAAGUACGAGUUCCGCCCAAAACAACUACUUAAGCAGAUCGUCCACAUAUAUGUUCAUCUGGCAAGGGGUGAUACACAGAAGAUAUUCCCAACUGCAAUCUCAAAGGAUGGGCGAUCUUACAAUGAGCAGUUAUUUAGUGCUGCUGCAGAUGUCCUUAGAAGAAUUGGUGAGGAUGGAAGGAUAAUACAAGAAUUUUCUGAGCUUGGUGCUAGAGCCAAAGUAGCAGCUUCUGAGGCCAUGGAUGCCGAAGCUGCCCUUGGAGAGAUACCUGAUGAAUUCCUUGAUCCAAUUCAAUACACAUUAAUGAAGGACCCAGUGAUCUUACCUUCUUCAAGAAUCACAGUAGACCGGCCUGUCAUUCAAAGGCAUCUUCUAAGCGAUAAUACUGACCCAUUUAAUCGAUCCCAUCUUACUUCGGAUAUGCUCAUCCCAAACAUUGAACUGAAGGCGAGAAUAGAAGAAUUCAUCAGAUCCCAAGAAUUAAAGAAGCACGCAGAAGUCUUAACCAUGCAACAAAGCAAAGCAGCAAUGCAAACUACCACAGGUGAAAUGACUUUGAUUGAUUAGAAGGCUUAACCAUGAUUUGGUUCCUGGGUUCCUGAUUUGGGCAUGUGAAUUGAGGUUCAUAUUUUGAAGUCAGUGAAAAUUCCCAUCCCCUCCUGUUGAUCAUGGAGAGGGGAAUUGCAGCUGCUAGUUCUAGUCCCAGUCGUAUCUAUUUAUUUAUUUAUUUUUACUAGAAACAUUUAUCCUGAAUUGGAGUGUUUAGUAACUUGUGUAAAGUUUUCACAAUCUGUUAUAGGAAGCAAACAUAAAUUAGAUUGAAAUGCAUUGCAGUUUACAUCCUA